GACGAGCGCGGGUCUGUUCGGUUCCUGCGCCGCGCCUGCUCUCGCCUCAUCUCACCACCCAGCAACAACCAGCGCUCGCUCGUCCGUCCGUCUGCGGCUAGGCCACCGAAGCGUAUCUGCAGCACAGCGAAUCUAUCCGAGCGAUAUCUUCCUCCUCCAGUCACCCAAGCAAAAUCGCCAUGCAGCCACAGGGAGCAUCACAGCACCAGCAGCCCCACAACGGCGCUGCCGAAGUCGUUCUUGCCUCCGCUGGAUACGAUCACACAAUUCGGUUCUGGGAGGCCUUGAGCGGCAUCUGUCUGAGGACCAUCCCACACCCCGAUUCGCAAGUGAAUCGUCUGGCCAUCUCGCACGACAAGAGGCUCCUCGGCGCCGCCGGCAACCCCCACGUCCGGCUCUACGACGUGCAGGCAAACAACCCCAACGCAAUCACCAGCUUCGAUGGCCACACCGGCAACAUCACCUCCAUCGCCUUCCAGUCGGCCGGCCGCUGGGUUGUCACCGGCUCCGAAGACGGCACCAUCAAGAUCUGGGAUGUUCGAGCCCCUGGUGUCCAGCGCAACUACACGCUCUCAUGUGCGGUCAACGAUGUGAUCAUCCACCCCAACCAGGGCGAGCUCAUCUCAUGCGACCAGAGCGGACACAUCAAGAUAUGGGAUCUGGGCGAAAACGCAUGCAGCCACGAGUUGAUGCCUGAGGAAGAUAUCCCUGCGCGCUCGGUGACUAUGGCCUCCGAUGGAUCAAUGUUGAUCGCAGCCAACAACAAGGGCAACAUCUAUGCCUGGAAGAUGAAGAACAAGGGCGACAUGUCCGAGAUGGGCCAGCCGGUGCAGAUACCUGCACACAAAAAGUUCAUCACCAAGUGCCUCCUCAGUCCCGACACGAGGUCGCUUGCAACGUGCUCAGCCGAUCAUACCGUGGCCCUCUGGGACACAAAUCACCUCGAAGCUGGCGCCAAAGAGCCCUCCAAGACCCUAAAGGGGCACGGCCGAUGGGUCUGGGAUUGCGCCUUCUCGGCCGACUCGGCCUACCUCGUCACAGGGUCAUCGGACCAUUCUGCGCGUCUGUGGGAUCUCACCACAGGCGAGACGAUCCGCCACUACAACGGCCACCAGAAAGCUGUCGUUUGCAUCGCCCUGCACGAUGUGAGCCUAUAACCACUCGGUGGGAUAGAGCGCGAGUCGGGCACAGCGCAUGACUACAUUGGCCUCAGUCUCAGG